CCAAGUCUGAACCAAGAACUUCUAUUUAUCAUCCCAUCUCGCGUCCCUGUUUGUGGAGACAACCUCAAUUGCCACUUCCAUCGCGUCAUCGACCCCGCGAGUCGCCUUUUAAGCCCGUUUCGAACGAUGGAAACCGUUUGAGACGUUGGUCCAAGACAUACAUUACACGACAGCCGCGCUUCGUGAACCCCGGCGUCUGUGAAAACUUAUCGACAGUCAUCAUUUUAGACCCGCCGAUAACCUUUGUCCGUCUCCGUCUGUCUCCAUCUGUCCGCACCUUGUUGGGGUUUUCCCGGGAUCCAUCACCGACAUCUCUGGAUUAACGGCGUGGUCGCGUGACCCACUCCGUCUCUCACUUAACUACGGCCGCCCGCCGUCCUGCCACGCUGUCUUGAUACGAGACACACUUGGAAAGAUGACUGUCCUCGACAUUAACAAGGACUUGGUGAGCUUGUUCGAGCAGCAGGCCGCGGCUACGCCCAAUGCCGUCGCUCUCGAGGAUGAGACGAGAACUCUCACCUAUGCCGAGCUUGACAGCGAGACAUGGGCCCUGGCAGACCGCCUCCGGGACCAUGGCGUUGGCCGCGACGACCUCGUCGGUGUGCUCAUGGGUCGGAGUGCCGACUACGUGAUUGCUUCUCUUGCUGCACUUCGUGCUGGAGGUGCAUUCCUCGUGCUUGAGCUGGCCUAUCCUCCGGGUCUGCUGCGCGAUGUGGUUGACGAUGCAAAGCCCACCGUGGUUAUCACCCAGAUGGCUCAUGCCAGCCAAAUUAAGUCAGACGUCCCUGUCAUCAUCAUUGACAACCCCGACAAAGCUGCCGGGAGGGAACAUGUCCCCGAGCUUGACGCAAGACGUCCAUUGCCUUCCGAGGAUGAUGUUGAGAGGCUUGCGUUUGUCUCAUACUCCUCCGGUACCACUGGCCAGCCCAAGGGAAUCAUGAACCCCCACAGAGCAGCGGUGCGCUCAUACGACCUGAGAUUCGGCGUCAGCGACCUUCAGCCCGGUGACAGGGUGGCUUGCAACGUCUUCUUCGUCUGGGAGAUUCUUCGUCCUCUGUUGCGUGGAGCGACAGUGGUUGCCGUCCCAGACCGGGUCAGCUACGACCCCACGGCUCUUGUUGACCUGCUUGCGUCUAAGCGCAUUACCGACACUCUCAUGACUCCGACACUCCUGGCGACUGUUCUUUCUCGACACCCCAAACUCAGCGACCGCCUGCCGGAGCUGCGCUCACUAUGGCUCAAUGGAGAGGUGGUUACCACAGAUCUCUGCCGCCGCGCCAUCUCCGCGCUCCCCUCCACCACCAGCCUACUCAAUGUCUACAGCGCAAGCGAGACUCACGAGGUUGCCGCUGGCAAGAUCCAAAGCUUCAUUAACUAUGAGGACAGCGUGUGCCCCGUCGGCCAGCCUACCGACCCUGAGCAUACUUACAUUCUGGAUGAGGCUGGCAACAGAGUUGGUCCCGGCGUCAGCGGCGAGCUCUUCGUUGGCGGAGACCUCCUUGCGAGAGGUUAUCUAAACCUCCCAGAGACAACCGAUAAAGCCUUCCAGAUGGACCCUUUUGAGAGGAAAAAGGGCGCCAAAAUGUAUCGCACUGGCGAUCUCGCCCGAAUUCUCCCUUCUGGCCUCUUGGAGAUCACUGGCAGAGUUGGUGGCAUGAUUAAGACUCGUGGCUACACCGUCCAGCCCGGUGCCGUUGAGAGCGCCAUCGUCAAGCACCUGUCCGUCCGCGACUGUGCAGUCAUUGCUCACGGCGAAGGACUCCAGAGGCAGCUCGUUGCCUACUUUGUCCGCGACGAAGGUGAGCACAGAGACCGAACCAUGCCCAUCAUUGAUGAGUAUGGGUACAGCCCGGUGUCCCGGCGUGCCCUUUCUGCGCAUCUUGCGCACUACAUGAUUCCUGCAAUCUGGGUCGAACUGGAUGAGUUGCCUACACAUGGUGUGUCUGGAAAGACGGACCUCAAGGCGUUGCCCUCACCGCCAUCACCCAGGUCACCCAUCGUUGGCAGCCCUAAAAAGGAGCAAAACAUCAAGAUCAAGAUGGAAACCAUUAUCAUGAUGUGGGCGGCUUCUCUCAAAAUGCCAGCAACCGCCAUUACCCCCAAGCAUGACUUUUUUGACCUUGGUGGCCACUCCCUUGCACUCGCAGACCUGGCUAGCCGACUAUCAAAGACCUUUGGCUUCCCUGUUCCACUUGGUCCCCUGGCUGGAACUCCUACCCUGGAGGGACAUGUUGAAGCUGUGAAGGCUGCGCGCGACGGCCACACCGCGGCUGUGCAAGCUGAUUUGCCAGCUGUUCUCCGUGCUGAUAGUGUUCUUCCUGACGAUAUUCAGUCUAACGGCACCCCGAUGCGUCCACUUAAGGACGCCGAGACUGUUCUGUUGACUGGUUCCACUGGAUACUUGGGUGCUUUCCUGCUCAAGACUCUAGUGGAUACUACUUCUGCUCACAUUAUUUGCCUUGUACGCUUCCCCGAACCGGUUGAGGACUGUGCCCCUGCGGGUAUGGCUCGAAUCCGCAAGAAUCUGAUUGAUUUGGGUCUAUGGGAUGACUCAAUCCUCGAGCGUAUGGAGAUCCUCCCCGGUAACCUGGCAAGAAAGCGUCUGGGUCUUUCCCCUGAGAAUUUUGACGACCUGGCGACACGAGUUCAGGUGAUAGUGCAUGCCGCCGCUACUGUCAACUUGGUCUACCCCUACGCUGCUCUUCGAAAUGCCAAUGUGGGAGGCACGAGAGAAAUCUUGCGCCUGGCCUCCCGCAGCGGUGCCACUGUUCACCAUGUGUCCACCAAUGGUGUCCUCCCGCCCUCAACUGAGGGUUGGUCUGAGGAUGUGGUUAUCGACGUUGAUAGGGUCCCGACAGAUCUCCUAGAUGGAUAUGGACAGACCAAGUGGGUUGCCGAGAAGCUGGUCUACGAGGCCGGUAGUCGCGGAAUUCCUGUUCGAGUGUACCGUCCAGGUACUAUCACUGGCCACAGCGUCUCUGGAUCGACCAACACCUACGAUCUAAUGAACGCGUUGGUCGUUGAGUCCUUGCAGCUUGGCUAUGCCCCCGAUGUUGAAGGAUGGUUCUUGGAGAUGGCCCCCGUGGAUUUCGUUAGUGACGCCAUUGUUACUCUUGCCAACCACACAGAUGACACCGAGCAACCUCUGUAUCACCUUGGCGACCCUGCCCCCAUUUCUUCCAAGGACUUGUUUGCGUCUCUCGCUGAACUUGGGUACGCGACCCAACCUCUUCCGUGGGACGAAUGGGUUGCACUCUGGAACGAGAAGCGCGGCGGCAAGAAGGGCGGUGAUUGCCCCUUCACUGUGGACAUCCUCCGUGGUGGUAUGCCUAGUGUGGAGGUCCUAAAGUCUGUCAUUGUGCUUAAGGAUGGCAAGACUCAGCCGACUUUGGAUAAAUAUGGCAUCAGCCGCCGAAAGAUCGACGGCGGGCUCCUCGAAAUCUACACUCGACACUUCUACGCGCGAGGUUGGAUUUCCAAGCCCCCUCGUCGAAACCAGGUCAACGGCGUUGUGCCCAAGGUUCGCAAGGGCAAGUUGGCUGGCAAGGUUGCUGUUAUCACAGGUGCCUCGUCUGGCAUCGGUGCUGCCGUAGCUGCUGGGUUGGCCAAGGAGGGUGCCCACGUUGCGAUCGCAGCUCGACGUACCGACGCCCUCGAAGCCAUCAAGAAGAAGAUCGCUGUGCAUGGAGGCAAGGUCCUGAUCCACAAGACAGACGUGACCAGCAAGGCGCAAGUGGAGUCGCUCAUGAAGACGGCCAGCGAGGAACUCGGCCCCGUUGACAUCCUUGUUAGCUGCGCCGGAGUAAUGUACUUUACUAUGAUGGCCAACAACCAUACCGACGACUGGGAGCGAACCGUUGAUGUCAACUGCAAGGGUCUGCUCCACUGCAUUUCCUCCACGGUCCCGGGCAUGCUGGCCCGAGGCGCUGGCCACAUUGUUGCCAUCUCCUCUGAUGCAGGACGCAAGGUAUUCCCUGGUCUUGGAGUCUAUUCUGCUAGCAAGUUCUUCGUCGAGGCGACGCUGCAGAGCUUGCGACUUGAGACGGCGGGCUCAGGACUUCGCGUCACAUCGAUCCAGCCAGGCAAUGUCGCUACCGACCUUUUGGGCCUGUCGACCGACGCCGAGGCCCUGAAGAAGUUUGGCGAGCCCUCGGGCGCCAAGGUGCUGGAGCCAGAGGAAGUGGCCUCGUCUAUUGUCUACGCCGUGUGCCAACCUGGUCAUGUUGCUGUCAACGAGGUGCUCAUCGAGCCCCGUGACGAGCCCAUCUAAUAAGGGUGACCAACUGCGAGAAUUCAACAAAUCGAGUGAUGUGCUCUCUCGACAACGAUUUGCAUGAUUUACGCGUUAUUUAGGAUUCAUGUAGAUUGUUUCACCUCGACCGGCCUCUCUUGGCCUUGGCAUUUUGUUUCUUGGUACGAUCAAAUCACGAUGAUGUAGCGACUCAACGGCGUUGAAGAAAGAUCGCGGGGCCUGGGCUUGCGCGUUUCAACACGCCAGAAGCAGAUAUACCCCUUUCAGAGGUUCCUUCAAGGAGCCCCGGAGAUUGUUUGAAUAAAGUAUUGUUUCGAUUUGUUG